AUGUCUUUCAAAGGAUUCAUCAGUUUGGACUGCGGGCUACCUCCUAACGAGUCUCCAUAUGAUGAACCGUCAACUGGAUUAACAUUCUCAUCUGACCAUGACUAUAUCCAAAGUGGAAAAGGUGGUCGAAUCGGUAAAGAAUGGGAGUACAAUUAUAAGCAGUGUAACAUGUUGAGAUUUUUUCCAGAUGGAAUACGAAAUUGUUAUAAUCUGACUGUCAAGGAAGGCACCAAUUAUCUAGUUAGGACUGGAUUCGCAUAUGGAAAUUAUGAUGGCCUUAAUAUAUAUCCCAGGUUCAAUAUAUACGUCGGGCCUAAUUUAUGGACGAUGGUGUAUGCGGCCCGCCAAAGAGAGUUUGAGAUCAUCCACAUGGCAAGGUCAAACUCCUUGGAUAUUUGCCUUGUCAAGACAGGAACAACAACACCGAUUAUAUCGAUAUUGGAACUACGGCCUUUAAGAAAUGAUUCUUAUUCCACACGAACAGGCUCCUUGCAACUCGUUCAACGGCAAUUCAAAAAGAGUCGUGACUUACGGUAUCCUCCUGAUGCCUACGAUCGUCAAUGGAAAUCAUAUUUAGAGUAUGGUGAAAUAGAAAUAAACACAACAUUGACUGUGGAUGUAUCUAAUCCAUUUGGUUUACCAGAUCUUAUAGCUAUGUCGGCUGCCAUUCCGGAAAAUGCCAGUAAUGGAUUGACCUUUACUUGGUCUCCUGAGAAACCCAGCGACAAACAUCUUGUCUACCUUCACUUUGCCGAGAUUCAAGACUUGCAAGCCAAUGAUACUAGAGAAUUUGACAUCUUAUCGGAAGAAGUCAUUACCUAUCCAGCAUAUAGUCCAAAGAAGCUACAAGUUGAUACCUUAGUCAACACAUCACCCAAGAAAUGUAGAGAUUACCCGUGCGUAUGGAAGCUGGUUAGAACUCCGAGGUCAACCCUUCCACCACUGUUUAAUGCUGUAGAGGUUUACAAGGUGGUGGAGUUUCCAUAUUCAGAAACAUAUUCAUCUGAUGUUGCUGCUAUGAAAAAUAUCCAAGCCGCUUAUGGAUUGAGCAUAAUCAGCUGGCAAGGAGAUCCUUGCGUCCCCGAACUGUUGAAAUGGAAAGGUGUAGAGUGCAGCUAUACAGAUAAGUCUAUUCCACCAAGAAUCAUUGCUUUAGACUUACCAUCAAGAGGGAUAAGUGGGAUCAUAGCACCUGACUUGCAAAACUUCACAGAGCUACAAAGAUUUAUAGGAGAAUACGGUGCCUCUACAUUGAACUGGGGAAGUAGAUUAAACAUUGCAGCAGACAUUGCACAAGGACUAGAGUACUUACAUAGUGGAUGUAGGCCGCCACUGGUUCAUAGAGAUGUCAAAACCACAAACAUAAUUAUCGACGAGCACUUCCAUGCAAAACUUGUUGAUUUUGGGCUUUCAAGAUCAUUCCAAACUGAAGGUGAAACUCAUAUAUCAACAAUUCUUGCUGGCACUCCCGGAUACCUUGAUCCAGAAUAUAACCGAACAAAUUGGUUAACCGAGAAAAGCGAUGUCUAUAGCUUCGGGAUUGUGUUAUUGGAAAUUAUUACAAACCAACCUGUGAUAGAUCAAAAGCGUGAAAACCCUCACAUAGCUGAAUGGAUGGGUUUUAUGCUUACCAAGGGAGGUAUUGAAAAUAUUGUGGAUCCAAGUCUUGUUGGAGAUUAUGACUCUCGUUCAAUGUGGAAGGUUCUUGAACUUGCGAUGUCAUGUGUGAAUCCUUCUUCAAUUGGAAGACCCAACAUGUCCCACAUUGUUCAUCAAUUAAAAGAGUGUCUCGUUUAUGAGAAUUCGAAGAAAGGAGCUAGUACAGAAGUGGAAUCAAAGAGUUCUUUUGAACAGAGCAUGGAUUUCGCAGCAGAAACCUGA